AUGGAUCGCAAAUCAAGCUUUCAUUCAAUGAAAGGCCACAACCCAACCGACAUCCUAGCAAUGCAAACUCUUGAAAAUAAAGCACGAACGCAGACUAUGAAAUCAAUACCUCGACCGCCUACACUUACAAAUAUUCAAACCGGUUUAUCCUUUAGCACAAUACCAAAUAUACUUGGCCAGAAAGGAUCACCGAUAACCCAGUCCCCAGUUGGCAUGCAGAACCUAAGGAUGAACUUUGUGGCACCGGAGACACAACCAGCUCCUGAAAAUGCUAAUCGCGAGGGUCCUUGGAAUGCAUUGAGUGAUGUGAAAAUACUCGACUUGAGCGACAUGAGUUAUACGGAGCAUACAGAGGCAACUUAUAUAGAGAUAUAUCACUAUCCAACUGCAGAGAGUCGAGUUUUUCAAGGAUCUUUAGACGAUUCUAAUUACGAAGACUGGCUGGAACAGGGUCCACAUGUAAACAAAGGAGAACAACCAACAUCUGGUUGUCGCUUGAUUCUGACCCGGCGCCCACAGUUCGGGCUCGCUGCUUUGGUACCCAUGUUAAUACGUAAAGAUCAUGUUGCUAAAACAGCGGAUAAAUGGGGUUUUGACGACGAUUUCCUUGAACAGAUGAUUUUAUGGUCAUCUCUAACUAAAAGAAAAAAUAUACCAAAAAAGCAGUUUCAAUUCAUAUCUCGACUGGUUAAUGGUACAGACCAGGGCUCCUCCUGCAGCAUCAUAUCCUUCAACCCAGACAUCAAUAUCACACACGGAAUAGUUAUGGGACUAUAUUCAGAUGAACAAAUCCAAACUCACGGUACAAACCUCGUCAUGUGGGAAAACCAUAUGUUUCACGAACGAACACUACAUUCCAUAAAUUGGACAUGGCAUCCGGUCGCCCACGCUAUUAUCCAAAUCGAUGAAACCCUUCGAUUCUUCCAAAUCAUUGCUCGACUUGCGUCAAUUCGUGUUGUCGAGAUGAGCCAUUCCGCUGGUAUCAUGCAGAUGACAACAUCGGGUGAGAUGGUUCCGUUGGCCGAAGCUUUGGCAAGAGAUUAUACCACGGAUACGGCGUCUUUGGCAAUGCAGUCGGCGCAAAUGGCGAUGUGUCAGACAGCUUUGGAGUCCAAUAUGGCUAUAUUGGAAGAUUUAAUAGAGACGAUCGCCGAAAUCGAAUCGAUAGCGCCUUCUACGAAAGAGAUUCGACCAUAUCUUAUGGCGGAGAUCAAUAAUUUAAAGAGUAGGUGUAACAGUAGCACUUUGUAUGCACAAGGCAUUCAGAGAAAUAUUUCAUUUACUCAAACGGCGAUCUACAAUUUAAUUGCCCAGCGGGAUUCGAAGGUUAACAUAGAACUCGCCAAAGACUCUCGUAUGCUAGCAAUUGCAAGUAAACGAGACAGUUCUUCUAUGAAAACUAUAGCCGUCUUAACAAUUGUAUUUCUGCCAGGAACAUUUGUAUCGGCACUUUUUGCAAUGCCUGUAUUGAACUGGGAAGCCAAGUCAUACUCAGAAGUCACGACGGACAAAUUUUGGGUGUACUGGGCAGUUACGCUGCCCAUGACACUCCUCGUGAUUCUGACUUGGGUUGUAUGGACAAAGAGGCAGUCUUGGCUCAACAGGAAGGAUCAUGAGGAGGGUAUGAAAACAUACGAUGAAGUGGAUGUAGAGAAAGCAAUGAUGGAAUCGAAGGAUCCGGAGAAAAUUCCUUUGAAAGUAGAUUUUGAAGGAGGGAAUACGGCUGGUGGCGUGGAUUCGCGUAGGCACAGGUGGUUCCCAACGAGGUCGAAAAGAGAAGGAAGGAAGCGCCAUCAUGGGGACUAG